AUGGAACGGGGAAAAGAGCUGGCAGUAUUGUGUCAAAUCCCUAGGAAAAGCGACGAGCAAGAGAAGAAAACAGUGGUGAAAGCUGACAGAAAUGUCCUUGUUCGGCUCAUUACUGCGUAUCAAAUUGGUUGUCAAGUCGACUUGCCCACGAUAUUGUCGCAUGAAUUAUUUCCCGUCCCACUUUCGCUUGCCGAAAUUAAUGGUUCGUUACGCACAGGCAAUAAGGCAAUUCAGAUAGAAAAACUAGUGGAAGGACUGGACUGCCCACCAACAAUUGAUCUAUUUGGUAAAUUGUCAUGUAUGGUGAUAGACGGCCAAGCAAUAGUUGUUUCUCUGGGUAAGCCAAAAGACAGCGUAACCUUUGGAGAUAUGCCAGACGCUUUCUUUCUAGCUGUUCUACAAAUUGGACAGUUCUGCCAACGAAUCGAUGUCGUUUUUGAUUGA